AGCAAAUUGUAGGAGCAUCGUUGAGACGUUCUGUACUAUGGAAUGGUGUGCACAUUUUGACAUUGAGUUUGAACAUGCACUUAAAUAGCAGAGAACUUGCGAAUUCAAAUCUUGUAGAAUUCUUGAAUGAGAUUGGGACCAAUCCAGAAGAAGUAGUAGAGCUUCCGUCAACAAUACAAAAGUGCGGAUCUGUUAAUGAAUUGUUAUUUACUGUGUAUCCACAACUGGACGUAAUGGGUACUAUAACACCGACCUUCCUUAAUGAACGCACAAUUCUGUCUGCCCGAAAUGAUGAUAUUAGUGCCAUCAAUCUUGCUGCAUUGAAUGUUUUUCCAAGGGAUACCACCACUUAUUUUGCAACUGACAAAAUGUCCUUUGAUGAUGCCCAUGAUCGUACUAUCACAAACCAAUAUCCUAAUGAGUACUUGAACUCAUUAAAUCCUUCUGGUUUGCCUCCUUUUAAAUUGGACUUGAAAGUUGGUUGCCCAAUAAUGUUAUUGAGAAAUAUUGCUCCAAAGGCUGGGUUGUGUAAUGGCACUCGAUUAAUGAUUGUCAAUUGUGCAAAUCGCAUAAUCGAAGCUCAAAUUUUAACUGGAGAUAAAUUUGGUGAUUUGGUCUUUAUUCCAAGGAUAUCCUUGACACCCUCUUCUUCUGAAAUGCCUUUUGAGAUGACAAGGCGUCAAUUUCCAAUCAGAUUGGCAUAUGCGAUGACUAUCAAUAAAUCUCAAGGACAAUCUGUCAAUUUUGUUGGAAUUGAUUUGCGUACUCCAGUCUUUAGUCAUGGACAACUAUAUGUAGCGUUAUCUAGAUGCACAUCUGGUGAUCGUACAAGUGUCCUUCUCUCUAAUGAUGCAUCCCGUUCCACGACAAACAUUGUGUAUCCCGAGGUUUUGCUACAGUAAAAGGUACAACUUUUAUUUAUUCAUGCACAAGUUUAAAUAUCUUGAUUGAAUAGUCUUUUUCAUUCGUUUACCUAAAGACUGAAGUUAGACAUUGAGUAGGAAAAC